CCUCUCACAGCCCAGCCCUAGGGGAUAUGAGGGAGGUGUGAGCCCCAUUUAACAUGCUGCCUCCUCCUCUCCUAGAAUUCUACAACAAACUCACCCUCUCAGCCCUGCCAGGCCUGGUGGUGACCUCAGGAGGGAAUGUGACUCUCCAGGGUGGCUCACGGCUGGGAUUUAACAGGUGCAUUCUGACUGAGCAAGGAGAACACAAGCCAUCCUGGACCCUGGACUCACAGCAACAUCCUAGUGGACAUUUCCAGGCCCUGUUCUCUGUGGGCCUUGUCACCCGUCACAGGUGGAUGUUCAGAUGCUAUGGCUAUUACAGGAACAAACCCCAGGAGCGGUCGCAUCCCAGUAAUGCAGUGGAGCUGCUGGUCCCAAGUGUGUCUAGGAAACCCUCCCUCCUGACCCAGCAGGGCCCUGUCAUGGCCUCUGGACAGAACCUGACCCUCCAGUGUCUCUCUGAUAUCAGCUAUGACAGAUUCGCUCUGUCCAAGGAGGGGCGACAUAACCUCCCCCAGAGUCUUGGCCUACAGCCUCAGGCUGGACUCUCUCAGGCCAACUUCCCCCCGGUCCCUGCAAACGGGUCCCACUGGAGCCAGUACAGAUGCUAUGGUGGAUACAACCACUCCACCUAAUGGUCAGCCCCCAGUGACUCCCUGGACAUCCUAGUGGCAGGACAGCUCCCUGACACACCCUCCCCCUCAGUGCAGCCAGGCCCCACAGUGGCCUCAGGAGAGAUCGUGACCCUGCUGUGUCAGUCAUGAGGACCGAUGGACACUUUCCUUCUUUCCAAGGAUGAGGCAGCUGAUCAACCCCCAUGUCUUAGAUUAAAGUACCAAGCUCAGCAGAACCAGGCCCAAUUCUCCAUGAGUCCUGUGACCUCAGCCCACAGGGGGACCUACAGGUGCUACAGCUCACACAAUACCUCCCCCUACCUGUUGUCACACUUCACACCCAGUGACCCCCUGGUCAUUGUGGUCACAGGAGUCUACAAAAAACCUUCCAUCUUGGCCCAGCCAGGUCCCCUGGUGCAAUUGGGACAAUAUGUGACCCUGCAGUGUUGCUCAGAGAUCGUGUUUGACAGCUUCAUUCUGCACAGAGAGGGGGUAAUGGAGAACCCCUUGCACCUUAUUGGACAGCCCCAUGAUGGGGGCUUCCAUGCCAACUUCCCCGUGGGUCCCAUGACAACUGACCAUGCAGGGACCUACAGAUGCUUCGGUUCUAUCAAUUACUCCUCCCAUGAGUGGUCGACCCCCAGUGACCCCCUGCACAUCAUGAUCACAGGCCCCAUGGUCUCCUCCAUCUGCACAGCCCUCAGGUGGACGUUCAGAUGCUAUGGCUGUUACAGGAACUACGCCCAGGUGUGGUCACACCCCAGUGACCCCCUGGAGCGCCUGAUCCCAGAUGUAUCUAGGGAGCCCUCCCUCCUGACCCAGGAGGGCCCUGUUGUGGCCUCUGGACAGAACCUGACCCUCCAGGGUCACUCUGAUGUCGGCUAUGACAGGGCCGUGCCCCUGUUCUUUCUGCGUCACUUCAGGGCAAACACAGGACCUCAGGCUGAUCUCCAACUUCCUGCAGGGGCUGCAGACCCAGAGCCCAAGGACAGAGGCCUGCAGAUCAGCUCCAGCCCAGCUGCUGACGCCCAGGAAGAGACCCUCUAUGCUGCCGUGAAGGACACACAGCCUGAGGAGGGGGUGGAUCUGGACCAUCAGCAGGGCCCCCAUGAUGAAGACCCCCAGGGAGUGACAAACACCCAGGUGAACCACUCAAGAUCAAGACUCAGGCAGGGAGUGGCCACUUCUCCUUCCCCCCUGUCAGAGGAAUCACUGGACAUGAAGGACAGACAAACAGAAGAGGACAGACAGAUGGACAGACAGGCUACUGCAUCUGAAGACCCCCAGGAAGUGACCUACGCCCAGCUGAACAGCUUGACCCUCAGGCGGGAGACAACACCCCCUUCCUCCCAGUCAGAGGAGCCCCCAGCAGAGCCCAGUGUGUAUGCUGCUCUGGCCAUCCACUAGCCCAGAAAGGACCCAGAGCCCUACCCUCCGGGGACGAAGGCUGCAGGGACCCCAGAAGGCACAGGAGCUGCCCCCAGUGGACACCUCCUAAUGACCCCCAGCCAGCCUGGACUCCUAACGUGAGCCACCAGGAGCUUCUGCAACACUUUAGGAGUCACCCGAUUCUGUGACAAAAGAUAACUAAUAUCCUCACAUUUUGGAAAUAAAGCAGCAGACUUCUCAGUAAUCCAUGAGUGAAAUAAGAAAUCCAAAACCGAAGUGAGAGAAUAUUUUAAA